UAUAAUUAAUUGUUUUUAGGGUUUCUUGUAGUUUUUGUUUUUUACUUUGUUUUUUUUUUUAUUAAACCGACGAGGAACCAACAAUGAAGGUAGAUUCGACACUUACGGCACCGGCAGGUGUCCUCGUGAAGGAACAGAAGCCAUGGGAGCUAUUCGACUGGCCGGUGGAACAACAAAGGGGCAUCCAUCGCAGUUGGGGCCAAUAUUUUUCCAGAGCCCGGAUGAACAAUGCCGCCCAGAAGUACUUUGAUUUGUGCAUCGAGAAUCAUUCGCAUAUCGAUACCCAGGCUUUGCAUAUGCGGAGUCAGUUCCUGAGAUCGGUGGCCAUGCCAUCGUUGGCCCUCAAGGAUAGCAAGAAGGCGUGCAAGUUCUCGGACGAUGUGCCAGCCUUUGCCAUGGAAGAGGGUGAUUGUCUCUAUGAUCUGAACCGUUUCGAGGACAACAAAUCCAUACUCCACAAUAAUAUCCGGAAGCACAUUGGAACUUCGAUAAGGCCAUUCGAGAAACGUCUCGGGGUGGUGGAUGAGAACUUCAAGGAUAGCACCGGGGAUAGUUUGGUCAGCUUCUUUCUGGAGCAUUCCGAUCAAAUGCCUGGGUUCUAUGAACACAAGAGGGAUCAACUCAUAAAGGCCGAUACUCGACCAUUGUGGAAAAUCCUGAAGGAGCGACAGGAGUGCGAUGUCCAGAGUGUCAUAGAUAAGAAGGAGGUAAUGCUAUCGCCUUUGGAAAUGGAACGAAGACGCCGGAAAACGAAAAUCUUUUACCAGAACUAUCUUGGCCGGACAUGGACGGAUUUUAUUUUUUUAAAGACUCUACGAAGGAAUCCCAAUCUCCUGGUGAACGGCGGCUUUGGCACCUCAAAGGAGAGAAGUGAUUAUCUUUACAGGUCCUUCCAGAGGAUCAAGACCUUUGCCAGGAUGCUGCAUGCCAGGAGUCCCAUGUAUAACGAAUAUUUCCAGCGCAGUCCCCAGAUGAUGGCCGACCUGAGGGAAGCCAAUCUGUUUAGGAUCCAAUACCAGACCAGGCGGAACAUGCACAGUAUUCUCAAUACGAUUCGAUUGCUGAGGAAGCGAAACGAUAUCAAGAAACUUCGCAAAUUCGUAGAGGAUGUGAUGGGCAACUAUGUGGUUAUUAAAACCACCCGGGUCAUGCCUUGGAAGGUCGAGUUUAUGAACGAGGUCUAUAACCACUUGGCUUUAAGUCUCUGUGAGAAUUAUCGACUGCCACCGCAUCGGGUGUCGCCUUAUGACAAAAAUGCAAUGUGCCAUCUACUCAAUAUUCCAGUAUCCAAGCCAUUGGAGCACUUGGAGUUUGUUUUUGGAGAUAGAUCCACAUAUUCGUAUGCGGGAACUGAGAAGCAAACAACCUAUAGAAUGGCUGAUCAUAAUAGUAUAUUACAAUUGGAAAAACGUCUUUUUUUCGCCCGCCUACCCAUGGAACGGACCUAUCUGCUCCACGAGCUGGCCGAUCGCCAUAUGCAAGUGAAUCAUUUUGUCCAGUGCCUGUCCUAUGCCCAGAAAGCCAUCGACGAGGCGAAACGAUGUAGCAGUCUUGUCUGGCAGUUUCUGGCCACUAUGUUGAUGGCCAAGUCCCAUGCCGUGCUCCACAAAUACGAACGACAAACCGAGGUCCUUAAUUCCGCCUACGACCUAGCCACCGAACUGAAGUCCCCGCAACUAUGUACCUUCAUCGAAUUGUGUCGCAUGCUGAACAAGGACUAUAUAACAUUAAGGAAAAUGUCCCAGUUGGUGACCAGUAAGCGUCUUAGAUCGAAAAUCUCGAAUAGAUCCAGUUUUUUCAAUUCCCCACAAUAUUCGCCCGAUCAUCACAGGGCGGAGGACGAAGAACGUAUGCCUGUCUGAUCCAAUGCAUCGGAUAAAAACCUCUCUCAGGAUAUAUUCUGUUAGAGGUUUUUAUUCGAUCCAUUGCAUCUUUGUCAGACAUACUAUCUUCUUCAUUUUAUUAAAAAGUAAAAAGAAAUUUUUAUAAAUAUUA